UAUGACGUUUCGCUAUUCUCACGAUGCUUUGCUCACAACUUGCAACCCGCUUCUGGCUCUGCUGCUGCUGUUGUUUGGCGGCAUUUGUGCUUUUUGGCAAUUGGCAUUAGAUAAGAGCUUUCAGUCCCGGAUUGGCUGUUGCUGGGUAAUGAUUCGAAUUAAAUAAGCGCCGUGGUAUUACGAACGUUUUGUCGAGCAUUAGCACACACAUGCUUCUGUUGCGGUUGUAUUACUCCUUCUAACUAUAACCUAAUAAACUGCUUGCUGCUUCGAAAAAAAAAAAAAAAUUGACUUUUUGCCUAAAAGGUUCGCAAGGUUCGCCAAAAAAUUGAAUAUUUUUUAAAAUGUGCAUUUUUUUCGCGGCGCGUUCUUCUUUACAUGUGUAUAAGUGUAUAUAUAUACGUAUGUAUGUGUGUGAAUGUUUUCUGACUUUUUUUUAACAUCUUUGUGACAUUGAGGAAACGUGAAGAAAAAAUAAAAAUAACCGAAAAAUGUUAAUUGCAAGAAAACAAGAGUCUUCGUCGCACCACCACUUCGUCGUUUGUGUGCUGUGUGUUGGCUUUUUUGAAUCACAAUAAAAUGUUAAAAGAAAAGCGCUGAAACAAAAACAAAAAGGAAACAAGCGAAAUAUAAAAGAAGUGAACGAAAGGAAAGAAAAGCAACGCAAAUAAACAAAAUUUAUUAUUGUAUUCUUCAAAAGGAAGAAAGGGCUUUCGCGUACACGGUCGUCCUGCUAAUAGCCUUGUGGUCGGUUCUCUGCUUACGUCGCCAUUACAUCCCAUACCGGCGGCGGUUCUUUUGUUUGUGUAUCCGCAAGUGAUUCCAUUCGCGUGCAUUUUUGAAUGUAUGUAUGUAUAUAUGUGUGCGCAUACAUACAAUAAGUGUUUGUGUUGUGGUGUGCGUGUGUGUCAUUGAAUUAGUAACGCAGUAACAACGAAUAUGAUUAAAAUUACACGUAAGCGGUUAAAGGAUACGCUAACGAACGUAUCGAGCUGAGCUGAUUUGAAUUGUGAAUACGAGUAUGUGUCCUAAAGCGUGCCCACACAAACAAACUAAAAUAAUCCAUCAUACUUGAGCGUCCGUUGUGUGAAUAUGCAGCCUCAUCCUUUGAAUGUCACGAGCAUCAAACGGCAAAAAACCUUCCCAUACACACUAUUUCGAGGCGUAUACAAUAAAAACAAUAAAUGAUGUCCUGGAUAGCGAUAAUAUUUUACACAACAAUUUUCCAAAGUCAUCCAAAUAAAAAGUGCUUCUCAUACAGCCCUGUAUUGCUUCCUUCCACAACGUUGUCUUCAAAAUUAUAAUUUCGUCUGGAAAUGCAACUACUGUACUGUUGAAUCUGAAUCUUCCUGCCAAACUUAGAGAUAAAUUGCAAUGCAUGCUAAUGUGACAUCGGAUCGUGGUGGCGGCAGCGGGUCAUGGCGUUUACCACCUGACGAAACCUUGCAGGUGCAAGAUCCCAAACAAAAGAAUGAUGAUUUAGAUUUGGAUGAAGGCCAUAAUUGGCGUAGCAUAAUAUUUUCACUGUUAGUUAUUAGUUUUGUAAUAGCCGGAAUUAUAACCGCAAUCUAUCUAUUAGGUUAUGUCGAUGAACUGCUGUACUGGUCAGGUCGUCGUAUGAUACUCGACGAGUACCUGCAGGGCGAUUUGACGCCCACACGCCUGCAACCCGCCUGGGUUACUACGCGUAAGUAUGUCUUCCAGUCAGAUGACGGCGGACUGGCUAUAUUGGACACCACCAGCAAUUCGGUUAGCACGCUCGUUACUAAUCAUACGCUACGGCAGCUAAAUGUGCGCGGCUAUCAGUGCUCACACGAUCUGCGAUAUGUUCUUUUUAGGCAUAAUGUUAAGAAGAUUUUUCAAAAAUCUUUUACCGCAUUUUAUACAAUCUACGAUGUUGAAAACGAUCACCAUAUGCCUGUAAAGCUAAAGGACUCGCCCAAGGUGCAGCGUACACGCCUGCAGUAUGCCGCUUGGCUGGGCAACACUACCUCCCUGGUCAUCGUUGUCGACAACGAUAUCUACCUACGACAAUCACCCACUGACGAGGAGGACUUACGUAUCACAAAUACAGGGUAUCAAAAUGUUAUUUACAAUGGCGUACCAGAUUGGCUCUACCAGGAGGAAAUUUUAGAGAAUGCGGAAGCGAUAUGGGCCUCCCAAGAUGGCACACACUUCAUGUAUGCCUCGUUCAACGACAGCAAAGUGAGUAUGAUGACAUACCCAUGGCUUGCGUCGGGUGCGAUUAUUGCUGGUAGUGGCAUGACUUCGGAAAGCUCAUUUCCCGAAACGAAAAAUGUGCGCUAUCCAACGCCCGGCACAAUGAACCCAGAGGUAACACUCUGGCUGGUGGAUGCUAGUAAUUUUACAGACAUACAAUAUUUUAUACUGAAGCCACCUCCUGCUUUAGAUGGACAAGAUUUUUAUAUAACAUCGGCCGGUUGGAUUUCGGAACAAAAUCACCAAGUCUCUGUCGUCUAUUUGACUCGCUCUCAGAAUUACAGCAUAAUCGCGACCUGUCUUGCCGAUACAAAUUGGACAUGCGAAGAGAUUCACUCAGAACGUGCUCCCGAAGAUGAAUGGCUUGACAUACUUCCUCAUCCUGUCUUCGCCCCCGACGGUAACAGUUUUUUAAUAUUGGCGAGUAUACAGGAGUUCGGUAACGAGCAUUUCACGCACAUCAAGCAUGUCACUAUUACACAACAACGUAUAUCCGUCAUAUCACAUGGGCGUUAUGAGGUGCUAAAAAUCUUAUGCUGGGAUACGGUCAAUCACUUAGUAUACUAUCUAGGCACCCAGGAUAAAAAGCCCGGGCAGCGGCAUUUGUAUAUGGUGAAGGACCCGGUCAAUGAUGAGAGUAGAAAAAGUGAGCCGCAGUGCAUUACCUGCGAUUUAGGCGAAGCGCUUUGGAGCAGUCGCUACUACUACGUGAAUUGUUCCCAUUUCGAUGCCUUCGUGACACCAGUGUCUUCCAUAGCAACUCAAUACGGUAUUGAAUUUUACAUACUAGAAUGCCAAGGGCCCGGCUUACCUGUGUCGGGAGUGCAUAUGCAAAAAUCACAUAGUUUGGUAAAAAUACUUUACGACACCCGUCCGUUCUUUACGGAGCGCCUGCAAAAGUUGGCGUUACCCACACAACGUUCAUUCGAGAUACCAUUGCCACAUGGGAGUCGUGCACAAGUGCAAUUACUUCUACCGCCUAGUUGGCGUGAAGAACUUAGGGAUGCCGCCUUUCCCGUUGUGGUCGAAGUUAACGGCCGCCCAGGUUCCGAGUCUGUUUCAGAAAAAUUUCGAAUAGAUUGGGGCACGUAUAUGUCGUCGCGUAACGAUGUUAUAUAUAUACGCUUAGAUGUUCGUGGCGCGAAGGGUCAAAGUAAAAAGCAACUGUACCGACAUUUGGGCGGCGUGGAAGUACAGGAUCAGAUUUCUGUUUUAAGAUAUCUUUUGGAAACAAUUAGUUUUUUAGAUGAGACACGUGUGGGUAUCUGGGGUUGGGGCUAUGGGGGUUACGUGACUUCGAUGGUGCUUGGCACGCAGCAGGAUGUGUACAAAUGCGGCAUAGCCAUAUCGCCUAUAGCAGAUUGGCUUUACUACAAUUCUGCUUUCACAGAACGCAUCUUAGGCUUGCCAGCGGAAAACUACAAAGGCUACGUCGAAGCCGAUGCAACGCAGCGGGCGAGACUCAUUAAAUCACAUUCAUUCUUCCUAAUACACGGCUUAGCCGACUCCACGGCACCCUACAUACAUGGCAUACAAUUGGCCAAAUCGCUAACAGAUGCCAACAUAUUGUACAGAUAUCAGACGUACGCGGAUGAGGGUCAUGAUCUGUCCGGGGUGCUCGAACAUGUUUAUCUAUCGAUGGAACAUUACUUUGCUGAUUGCUUAAGUCUCGAUCCGGAUGAUACGAAACCCGAUCUGGAUCAGAAAAUAGUGCCAGCUGAGUAGAGAGCGGACGGCGGCUGAUUUAAAAAGAUCAGCUUUUAUUCAACUAGAUUCUAGCGCUACAACGACCAUAAAAAUCCAUAACUGAAAGUCUAUCAGCGGAUUGUCAAAACUUUCCACAACUACGAUUAGUUGAUCUCAAACACAGAGUGCCCACAGAGAAGCAAACAUUUGGAAAUAUGCUAAGAAAUAGAAAACAGUUAAAAUUGUAAAUAAAUACUGAAUUUUUUGGAAAUUUAAAUGCAUAAUUAUUAUGUUAAAUAACAUUUUUUAAUUAUUUUUGCAUUAUCGAACAUUUUAUGUUUAAUUAAUUUUCAUAUCAAUAUCCGUAGCUAGCUGUCAUGUGGCUUUAAGUCUCGACAUCUGAAGCUCCACACUCUACCUGGGACAGAGCAACGGUUACGCAACAGCAAAAUAGCCAAGCUGAAACUUUAAGCACUUCACCUACAUAUUUUAUUAUAAAAAUCGCGCUAGUAGUGUGAAUAUUAUAGAAAAAUACUUGCAUAGGGUGAACUGAAAAUUCUUAAUUUCAAAUUUAUUUUGCAAGACUAGACCUUCAACAUAUUCUGCUAAUAAUUAUUAAGUUAUUAUAGAUAUUAAGUUAACUAAGUGAAUUUGCUUUUAGUUUUUAUUUUUCGUUUGCUUAUGAAGAUAACUGUCCCUGUUGAAAAACAAGAAAAAAAAGAAAACCAAAACAAAAUCAAAACUAACUAACUUGCCUGCUAUGCCAUAAUAAAUAAUUAAUGCUAAAUUAUUAGUAAAUAAUUAACGAUUUUACUAAUAAAAAAUCAAAAACGUUUAUAUAAGCAUACACACGUACUUAUGUUAUGUAUACAUAUACAUAGACAAAUGGGUGUCAAAACAUCCACCGAAGGUUAACUUACAAUUAUUAAUCAAAACUUAUUGCAUGCCAUAUAGUGGGAAUCGAUAAAAUCACGCGAUCAUACGCAUAAUAAACAGCGCAUGUGUAAUUACCCUGCAGAGAAAUCUAGUAAGAACUCCGAAAACAAAAACAAGUGCAACUUAAUUUUUUAUUUUUUCAAACCUCACUGGACUUUAUAAAAUAUAAGCGGAAUGUUGGAAAAUGUUUUUUUUUAUAUUUUUUAUGUUACAUAUAUAUACAAACAUGUGUAUGCAUGUACAUUAGGGCGGGCCAAUUUGGUGCUUUAAGUAUACAACCGACUGUUUUUUGGCGACUGAAGUAUUCUACUGGCAAUUCUGAACAAAAAGUAGCUCUAAAAUGCUCUUAUUUAAUUCAAGUUAUUAACACCCAAUCAAUUUUUGUUUAAAUUAUUUUGAUCAUUUUUUGGGAGAAAAUGUAUGGAUCUGAGUUUAGGGCAGAAGAAAUUGAAUUUUUGUUGUUAAUUUUCCUAAAAACCUCCUGCUAGAGAGUGUAAGGUUGCAAGGCUUAUUUAAAAAGGAAAAGCGUCGGUUUUCCUCACUUCUAAAUAAAUAAAAAAAAAACUAUUUAUUCCAAUUAUCUAAUUCCAAAAUAAUAAAAAAAUUAUAUAGAAAAUACCGAAGUAUUUGAUAUUAAAAAAUGCUCCAGACGGAAUUCUAUUUACUAUAAUUCACAAUACUUUUCAUUAUAAAGAGACUUUCAAAAGGCGCGUCUAGAAGUUUUUUUAAAAUAAGACAUGUAAAAAUUUAGAUACUUUCAGCUUUUACUAUUUUUAUUCAAAAUACGGCUGUUAACAAUUAUAUGUAAAAAUCACAUUAUUGAAAUGCCUAUAAGGAGUACGUCUACUGGUAAAAUCCGCCAAACAGUCGAGUCAUGAGUGUCUAAUUGUCGAGAUGGUUGAGAUUUGAUGUUGAAGGUUGUUCUGCAACACUUAACGCUACAACGCCAAUAUUCUCAACAGAACGUUCAGUUUUUUGUUUGCCAGUACUUUUUUUUAUUCUCGAUAGCAGUUUCUUGAAACUUGUUCACCAACCUUUGAAUUGUCGACCCAUUCGGACGAUUAUUUCCACCAAAAAAAAUUACGAAUUUUGUGAUAUGUUUUUUUCUUGAAGAUAGACCAUUUGCGUAAACAGCUUCAAUUAUUAUAACGCGAUGUGUUGAAUAAUGUUGUUGGGUCCCCGGCCACGCUGGAGUGGAGGAAAACGAGAGAGCGGAUGAGUGUGCAAGGAAAGGCUCUGAGCUUGACCUUCAGCGAGAGGUAGAGGAAAUAAGCAUUCCUUCAAACGAACUGUACACUGGGAUUGACUUGAGCGUAAUCGCGGAAACUAAUAAAAAGUGGUCUCUGACUACUAACUGCAGGAUCACCAAAGUGCUUUGUGCGCAGAACAGAAUCUUCACUGCACUAUUGGCACCCUAACCAAGUUGAAAUGUUUCACAAAAACAUUCCCCAUUGUUUUUAACAUGGAAGUGCUCAACACAAUGUACAUAUAUCUAAAAUGUAAAGUUCGCAUAGUUUCCUUUGAACCCUCCCUAAAACAAAAUUCAGACUUAACCUCUUAAUUCGCCGGUACUCAUACAUAUAUUUUUUUUAUUCCCCUCAACCAGAAUCCACUAUCAAAACUCUAUAGCGGAGAGUUUUGAGCGAAAUAAACACUAAAAAUGAGUUUCUCGUACACAAAUCCCAAAUAUAUACCAUAUAUAUAUGCAGUGUACUCUCUCUUAAGCGGACACACCUAAGGGACUGAAAAAUUUGUGCGCUAUGGGAGGUGUCUCCGCUUAAGAGAGGCGUCCGUUAGCAGAGAGAAAAUAUUGGAGAUUAUAACGCACUUUAAGAGCUAUACCUCCAUGGUCUUUUUUGUGCUGAAUUGCUAAUAGAAUUUUUAGUCGUCGAAAAAAAGUAGAGAACAAAUUUAAUCUGUCUUAAUGGAUAUACCUAUUACAAUUAAUUGCAGAAGAUAGUGAGUACGAUAGGCUUAAUUGUGUUGCAAACAAAUUGAUGGUGUGCUUUCGUUCGUUAUUACAAACCUUUGAGAAGACCAUUACCGAAAUUUCCCGGGGAGCCCUACAAACUUUACAUUUUUCGGAUUAUAAAAAAUAUGUGUCAAAAUUACGCACGUGGA